AUGCCCGAGGAAAUCAUCACCAACAGCGGCAACCACACCUUCACCAGUAGUGGCUCUUCGGACUCUAGCUACACUAGCUCGUCGUCCUCGGGCUCGUCCGGCUCCUCUUCAGGCGGUGGUAGUGAUGGCUGGAGACCCCGCACCUACGUGCCUCUGCCCAUCUCAGAGGGUAGCGCUACUGGUGGCAGCGUUGGCAACGGCAGGUGCACCGAUGAAGCCAAAAGGAGGAGGUAA